CUUCCUUUUUUUUUUUUCUUCUCCGCGGACAAUGUUGGUGGGGGAGCCGACGACAAAAGCAAUGACAAGUUCGUAGAUUCAAAAAUCAAAUUUCCUUUUCUCUCUUUUUUUUUUUUUUUCUUUCUUUCCCAUAUUUGCUCCUUCCUCUCUUUCCACUUCUCCUUUCUGAUCCCCUCCACAACUCCCAACAACCACCACACUUUCCCAUAUACAAACAUCAACAACAACCAAAUCCCCUUGAACAAAUUAUAAAACAAAUAUAAGAAAUCAAGAACAACGAAAUCAUAGAAAUUGAAAAAUAAAAAAUUGAACAAAUUUAAAACUAACUACAAAAUUCAUAUCCGAGAGGCCCUUUUGAAGAAUUAUAAAAUAGAUGUGAAAAUGAAGGUAAUGCAACAAAAAAUCAGCGGAGAAGAAGGCCUCGUCGGAGGGUCAUGGGGUAGGGUCAUCGAAGCCGAAGAAGCUGGAGACGAGGGUCAUGGGGUCGAGGUUGGCAUUGCCAGCGACGGAGAAGAAGGCCUCAGCGGAGGGACACAGAACGUAAUGGUUAGUUAUCACAUUCUCUGAUGCCCCACUUGCUUUGAAUUAUGUACGGGAAAAUAAAGGUUGCGUUGAUGUGAUUCUAAUUGAAGUUCACAUGCCAAAUAUGGAUGGCUUUCAAUUCCUUCAUCGUGUGGGCAAGGAGAUUAAUGUUCCUGUUAUCAUGAUGUCUCAUGAUGAUGCUACGAGUGCUCUGAUGAAGGCUGUUACACAUGGGGCUUCUGAUUAUUGGAUUAAGCCUCUGCAUCAAAACCAAUUCAGGAUUUUGAGGAAGCUUGUUGCUAGAAAACUCCGGAUUGAAAAUAAUCCACCAAGAAAAGAUAAUUCUGAUUUUGCUUCUUUUAUUGUUGAUGCAACAAUGAGCGUCCCAAAAAAGAGAAGCUCCAAUUCCAAAGAAUUUGAUUUUUAUGAAUCGGAUGAUUGUUAUGCACCCCCAGCAAAGGAGCACCGUGUAGUAUGGUCAGAAGAACUGCAUCAAGAAUUUGUCAAUGCUGUGAUGCAAAUUGGGCUUGAUAAGGCAGAGCCAAAGAGGAUUCUUGAAGUGAUUAAUAUCCCUGGUUUGACAAAAGAGAAUGUUGCUAGUCAUUUGCAGAAACAUAGACUUUAUUUGAAGAGAUCUAGUGGAAUGACACUGCAACAAAAUGGGAUGCCAUUUCCUAACACAAUCUCAGGGAUUACAGAAUCCAAUAUUGUUUUCAGAUUGUUUAAAAUGAGGUUUAGUGGAAUGACACUGCAUGUUUAUAGAAGGGUGGUUUGUUAUUCAGACUCCACCUUAGAUAUUGAUGAUUUGGUUCUAAACAGCUUCCACCAGUUUCACCUAUUCAGCAAUGAGAUUUUCAGGAUUUGACAGCUUUUGAAUAAAGAUUAGAUGGUCUCCUGGAAAAACUUGGGGUGGAGCAUGGUGAUCCCUUGGUGGUGCUUACUGGUCCUCCUUUGUCUCAUAGUCUAGCUCUUCAGGCGGAUAUGAUGGGAAUUCAUUUCCUAGACUAGUUUGUAGUUUCUGUCUUGUUUUUUUCCCCCUCUUUUCUUCUUGUAACAAAAGCAAAUAUGGAAAGGAUACUAGCUAGUAGCCAUUGUUGAUAAAUGAUAUAUUAAAUUGUUUUGACA